AUGACGGUCUUCCAAGUCGGGGAUUUCAGGACUCCAGUUACUACGGUGCUUACAGGAUGUCACUUUAGGCAGGCUGGAAAGGAUUACGGAACCUUAGUUCCUUCAUUCUUCCGAGCCGGAGAGUUUGAAGAUUUUAAGGGUGCAUUAAUCCCCGGUGCAUGA